UCAGCAUAAAUUCGAUCAUUCAACCAUCUUACGUACCACUAACAUAAAAAAAGUAAUGAGAAGAAGUAUGGUGUACACUUAAUGACUUUUGACUUUAUAUUCUAAGAGAUAUAUGGCAAGUAGGCUACUUUUUAUAUUAUAAAUACAUUGUUAUCUUUGUAACAAAUCUAUACAAGAAAACCUCAAACUAGAACAUGGAGGCACUUUAUGUGAUCCUCUCCAUCGUUACCAUUAUAUGGAUUACCAACCUUGCCCUUGUAAAGAAUAAAAAUUUACCACCAACCCCAUUCCCAUGCAUACCCAUAAUAGGCCAUCUUUACUUGGUGAAAAGCCCUCUCUACCGAGCCUUAGGUAAACUAUCAAACCGUCAUGGUCCCAUGCUCAUGCUCUGGUUUGGCUCUCGUCGGGCGUUGUUGGUUUCGUCUCCUGAGGCGGUGGAGGAAUGCCUUACAACCAACGACGUUACUUUUGCCAACCGUCCUCAUUUGCUUGCCGGGAAACACCUUGGGUAUGGCUACACCACCCUUUCUUGGUCAAGCUAUGGUGAUCAUUGGCGUAACUUACGUCGUAUCGCCUCGCUUGAGCUCUUAUCGGCUCAUAGGUUACAAACCCUAAAUUCUAUUCGUGCCGAGGAGGUGAGGUUGUUGGCUAAGAAGGUGUACCUUAGAGCGGUGACUGAUGAGAUGGUGGAGAUGAAGUCAAUGUUUUUUGAGUUGAUGUUGAAUGUAAUGAUGAUGAUGAUUGCGGGAAAGAGGUAUUAUGGUGAUCAAGAGGUGGAUGUGGAGGCGGCUCGACGGUUUAAGGAGAUUGUAAUGGAGACGUUUGUGUUAAUGGAGACUACGAAUGUGUCGGAUUAUUUGCCAUGGUGGAAGUGGCUGGGAGGGAGGGAGUUGGAGAAGAGGAUGGUGGCGUUGAGGGGAAAAAGAGAUGGGUUUAUGCAAGGUUUGUUAGAAGAGCAUAGAAAUGAAAAGAAACUAGUAGUUCUCACGACAGAGGGUGGUUGCACAGAGACGGCCAUCAAGGAGAUGGAACAAAAGAACUUGAUUGAAGUUUUAUUGAAGUUGCAAGAAACAGAACCUGAAUAUUACAAGGAUGAAGUCAUCAAAGGAUUAAUGCAGGUGCUACUAUCAGCAGGAACCGAUACAUCAAGCGGAACAAUGGAGUGGAUGUUAUCACUUUUGUUAAACAACCCCGAAGCUCUAAAGAAAGCGCAAGAUGAGAUCGACGAUUAUGUAGGCGAAGAUCGUUUAGUGAACGAAUCAGACUUAGCCAACCUUCCAUAUCUCCGAAGCAUAAUAAACGAGACAAUGCGAAUGUACCCUCCUGGUCCACUCGUGUUCCAUGAGUCAUCAAAGGAUUGUAUAGUGGGAGGGUACCAUAUCCCAAGUGGUACAAUGCUAUUGAUGAACUUAUGGGCCUUGCAAAAUGACUCUAAGAAUUGGGAAAACCCUAAGAAGUUUCAACCAGAAAGAUUUCUAGGGUUAGAAGGUUCAAGAGACGGGUAUAAGCUGAUGCCAUUUGGGUCGGGAAGGAGGAGGUGUCCAGCCGAAAACUUAGCCAUGCGUAUGAUCGGGUUGGCGUUGGGUACGCUUAUUCAAUGCUUCGAGUGGGAAAGACCGAGUGAAGAGAGGAUUGACAUGACCGAAGGAAAGGGACUGACCAUGCCUAAAGCUAAACCUUUGGUGGCAAAGUGUCAACCUCGUAGAAAGAUGGCCAAAUUGUUAUCUCAAAUGUGAAAGAAUCCAUUGAUCAUCAUUUAAAGGCAGCAUUAGAUUAAGCCAUUAUAUAUAUUAUAUGAUAUAGCUAUUCAUAGGUUUUUAUUAGAUUGAGCCACAUCUAUAUAUUAUAUGAUAUAGCUAUUCAUAGGCUUUUAUGUUAUUAAAUCAAAAAACUAGAAAAGAAGCUAUGUGAAAGAGUAUUUUUUUUAUAGUAAAGAUUUAUAAUUUAUUAAUAA